UACAAAAACAAAUAUUAAAAUUGUGAAUAAACGAAUUAAAAAUGGAUUUAUUUGUCAUCAACAGGUAUAAUGAUAAAAAAGAAUCUGAUAAGCCACACAAUCAUUUAUCAGAAUUAUUACAAAAAAUAGAAGAGAGAAAAAAAUUGAGAGAGCAAGGUGCCUUGAGUGAGGGUAAAAAUUUUCAAAAUAGUGAAGAAAAUAAUUUAUUAUUUACCAAAUCUCAUAGAAAAAGUAGGAAAAGGAAAAAGGAAAAAAUUAAUGUUGAUGAUGGUGAACAAACUGAUAAUAAACCGGAGGACGUAUCCAUUAAUAAUACCAAUGACGAUGUAAAUGCCGAAAAGAUUUCUAUGACAGAGAAAUCGGAGAAGUCAAUUAAUAAACAGUUAGAAAACUUUAUGGUACUUGGCUCCACAAAUCUACAGAAGAAAAGGCAAGUCAAAAGAGUAUUGCCAGUUUGGUUAGCACGCCCUCAAAUUAUUUCAUCAGAUGUGAGUAGUGGUCCAAAGCUGAAAGAACUUAAAGGAUUGUUAGAUGAUCAGCUGAUUCAACUGUUGAAAGCCAAUGGAAUAAAUAAAUUAUUUCCAGUGCAGGAAAAAUUAAUAAAUUGGAUGCAGAAGUGUAGUGAAGAUCGAAUGAAGGGUUGGUGGGUUAGAGACACAUGUGUUUCUGCACCUACUGGCAGUGGUAAGACUUUGGCAUAUGUGUUGCCAAUUAUUCAAUACUUGAAGAACCAAUUGACUCGUGAAAUUCGAUGCCUGAUUGUUGUACCAGUCCAGGAACUUGCAGCUCAGAUUUACAAAGUUUUAACGACUUACUCGACACAAAGUAAUCUUAAAAUUGGCUUAAUUUCCGGUGCUUCAACUCUGGAAAUUGAACAGAAAAAUUUAAUUAAAACAACUGAAAGAGGACAAUUUAUCAGUCGUGUGGACAUUUUAGUAGCAACACCAGGACGGUUGAUAGAUCAUAUAGAAAGAACAAAUGGAUUUUCAUUACAGAGUCUUGAAUUUUUAGUUAUCGAUGAGGCUGACCGGGCAACUGAUUGGCUUAAAUUUAUUCCAGAGUAUCAUCACACUCCCCCUUACCUUACAAUAAAAAAUCUCAACUCGCAUCCAAUUAAACCAGCACAAAAGCUACUAUUCAGCGCAACUUUAUCACAAGAUCCUGAAAAAUUGAGUCGUCUGAGUUUAUUCAAUCCAAUUUUAUUCACUUCAGUAUCGGGAACAAAUCAAACUGAUGAAGAUAUAGACUUGGAUAAUCAAAUGAAUAAAUUCAUUGGCAAAUAUACUAGUCCUAAUGAACUGAUAGAACGUGCUUAUGAAUCACCUCCUGAAUAUAAACCGAUUGUCUUAUAUGAAUUGAUUAAACAAUAUCAAAAACCGACGGACAAAAUUUUGAUAUUCACCAAUUCUGGUGAAUCUGCUCACAGAUUAGCAAUACUUUUAGCAAGUUUUCUAGAACAAUUACAAAUUAAUUUUAACGUUAGUGAAUUAUCAGCACAGUUGAUACCAAAACAACGUGCUCAGAUAUUGGAAAAAUUUCGAGCUGGAGAAAGUAGAAUAUUAGUAAGUUCGGAUGCUCUAGCGCGAGGAUUAGAUAUCCACGACAUAAAACUUGUGGUGUCUUAUGAUCUCCCAAAGUCCGUAAAAGGGUACAUUCAUCGAGUAGGUCGUACUGGUCGUGCAGGAGUGUCUGGAACAGCAAUCUCGAUUCUGACUCCCAACCAAAUAGUCCCUUUCAAUAGAAUGCUGAGCUCAGCUCAUAAAGUUGUUCCAACAAUCGAACAUUUAGAAUCGGUAGAAUCAAUAGCUGAGAAGAUAAAUUAUCAAAGUCACUUGGAUAAACUUAAACGUACAAUUGAAAGUGAACAAACAAAAGAAUUGGAAAAAAUAAGGCUUGGAAAACGACGUAAAUUAAACAACAACAAAAGUAAUAAUAAAUAAAAUUAUAAUUUUGUUAACAUCGAUAGUAACAUUUUAUUGUCUU